AUGAUUCAUCGAAAAUUUCUAAUUGGUGUGAAAAAUUCUUAAUUAUGUAAUUUGAAGUGUAGACCAACAGGAUAUGGUAGGUACAGUCAUUAGUUAUAGAUGUUUGGAUUAUUCAAAUAAAUGUUCCUAAAACAAGGAGAUAUCUGCUUGUAACAAUUAGUUUUUCAGAUUUAGCUAGUUUUGGAAACCCAAGCAAUAUUUCCAAUAAUUUUGAUUAAAUAAGUUGUAAAGGAAUUUUAUAUAUCCUAGAAAGUUUACAACUAUAAUUAAUUUUGAAUAAGUGAUAUACUUUAAAAAAUCUACAUAAAUUUUUUGAGUUAAUAGUUUAAAUAGAAGAUUUAUAAUUNAUUUCCAAAGUAAGUAAAAAAAUUAAAAAACAAAAAUUCACCUUUACUUAAACGACAACAAAAAAAAACGUUGAGGAUUAGAAAAAUGUUCUAUAGUUGCAAUAUGUUCAGCUAUCAAAAUAAUCCAAUUACCAUAUAUUGAGAACAUAUAAUAUUAAAUGUUCUUAGAAAAGGAACUCGAUUUUAUUUAACUAAAAAUUCUAUAAAGAAUCACACAAACUCAGUAAGUAAGUUAAAUUUUAUGGUAAAAAUGAGAAUUAUGAUUAAUUUAUCUCUGGUUCGUUUGAUGGAAAAAUCAUUAUAUGGUCACCGAACAAAUUAGAGUAAAGUCAGAUUCAAUAAAAAUAAUGGAGUGCUUAAUUUAUUUGGUUAGGGCAUGCUUCUUAUGCGAACUUUUAAUUUUACAAAAUGAAGAACUUUUUAUCUCUAGAAAUUGCGAUAAAACUAUUAAAGUGUUGA